AUGUCAAAUAAUAUUGACAAUAAUUUAAAUCCUAUUGACGAUUGUUUAGCAUCUUCUUCAAUGAAUAAAAAAUCUAAUCCUGAAGGUCAGCCUCGAGCUAAAGUAUUGGAUUCCUAUACUAUUGAUGCAAAAAAUAGAAAAUAUUAUUCUAUUCGAUGCCAAUAUUGUUCUAAGUAUUGGCAAAAAGGAAUCUCAUUCAUAAUAGAAUCACAUUUAGCUAACGAAUCUAAAUUGCAAAUGUACUGGCUUUUAGAAAUCCGGAAAGAACUUGAAUAUUAUGGAAAAGAUUUAACUGAAGAAGAAUUACAGGCCUGUACUAAUAUGGCAACAAUUCCAGUUUUGGAAGUUGAUAUAUUUAAUAUAAAUGACGACAUAUUCGAUGAUGACAAAUCUUAUAUUAUGAAUCAACAUACUAAUUUUACUUUAGUGAAUUCUGAUACAUUUGUGGCUUCUGAGACAAAACUUAAUAUCGAAGAUAUAGCGGAUCUUACAUUAUCUUUUUUUAAUAACAAUAACAUGGAAACAUAUUGUGAAAACUUUAAACUACAAUCUAAACCUACAUCAAGCAAAGGUCACGGAAAUAUGAAUUUUGAAGCAUCAAAUGUUGUUGAUGAGGUCUUAGGACUUGAGGAUGAUAAUAAUCAGCUUUAA